CCUUUGAUAAUGACAAUUAAGAUAAAAAUCUGAUAAAGUUAUACCGUGUUGAUUUAUCAUAUCAUUUAUAAGAUAGACGUCGAGUAAGAAACAUGCCUUUUCUAAAUAAAGUAGCGUUAAUCACAGGCGCUGGUUCAGGGAUCGGUGAAGCUACUGCGAACAAACUUGCUAAAGGAUACGCAAGACUAACCUUAGUCGAUCUCCGAGCAGACAUUUUAAAGAAGUCUGCAGAGAAUUGUGAAAAAAUCAGUAAAACUAAAGUUCUAAAGAUUGUAGCUGAUGUUUCAAAAGAAGACGAUGUGAAAAGGAUUGUUGAAGCAACUCUUAAAGAGUAUGGGAGAUUAGAUGUACUAGUUAAUUGUGCUGGUAUACAUGGAGAGGUAACAGUGUUUGAUGAUAACAUUAUGGAGAAGUUUGACAAUAUUAUUAAAGUGAAUUUAAGGAGUAUGGUAGCUUUAACUCAUGCUGCUAGCACUGCUUUAAUCGAAAGCAAAGGUAAUAUUGUGAAUGUCUCGAGUGUAAGAGCUAAAGCUGGUGCUGCAAGUUUUGCUUAUUCCGUAUCGAAGGCAGGAGUGUCGCAAUUCACAAAAGCUGCAGCAUUAGAUUUAGCACCGCACGGAGUAAGAGUCAAUGCAGUUUUACCAGGGCCCGUGAAAACAAACCUGAUGAUACAUGCGGGUCUUGGUUCGAAGCCAAGUUUGGCAGGAAAGGAACCCUUGAGGAGAGAGACUAAGACAGAGGAUGUGGCUGAAUUGAUCAUGUUCUUGACUAGUGAGGCUGCUAAAAGCAUCACUGGUUCAGAAUAUGUGGUUGAUGGUGGUUUUUUGUUGGAACAUUAAAGCGACAGUGAUAAUAGUGAUUGUUAAAUAAAAUAU